AAAAUUUGACGAUUUCAUCGCCAUUUUCUCAAAAACCGCUGCACAGAUUUCCAAAAUUUGAAAGCCAUUCGAUGAAGCUUGUUCGUUGAUUAGUUUUUCGAUGAUCGGCCGAGCAGUUUUUCACAAAUAGCAGGCUUCAGUGAAUUUUCGCAGACGCAAACUUUGCACUUGUAAAGCAUCUGAGAAAAAAAUCGGAAAUAUUAAUUUAUAUAAAUCUUCUUAUGAUACAUGUCCCCAUAGAGAGCUAUUUAAAAUGACACCAAAUUCUAUGAACAUUGAAAAAGCAGCAUAUGGAGUAAUUGAAUUUUGCAUUUCUUAUACCCUGCGAGGAACACAUGAGCUAGCAUAUGAAAUUAUGUUCGAAAAUGAGCGUAAAAUAAUUAUGUAUAUGACUGUGCAUGUUCUACCAAAAGACAGGCACAUAUUACUUCCUUUGGCUCAUAGAAAUCCAGAGAAACAUGAGUCUGACUUUUUCUAUGAACUGCACCCCGUUUGUGUUGCCGACGCUGACCCUCCUUUACAAAUAUUUUGGAUCUGUAAUAGUUAUGACGUUCCGGUGAGUUUUUCUGUUGAAUUUACAACAUCUAAUCCAGCUUUUUCUAUUAAACAAAAUUCAGGGACAGUGCAACCAUUAUCCGUUUAUCCUGUAGUAAUAAUGUUUAAACCAUAUCAAUUGCAGCUGGAACAGAUUAUCCUUCUUUUACACACUGGGGAUUUUGUUACUCAGUUGCUUAUAAUUGGCGAGGUAACAAUAAGCUCUGCACCAUUGUCAAGUGCAUUUCGUCACCUUGCGAGGCGUCAACUUCGAUGUGGUUAUUUGCCAUCGCAUGUUCCAAUUAUAUUAUCUGAAACUAGAAUAAAUAUCGUCUCUCAUAGUCACUCGAAGCGAGAUGUGGUCCUUCACAUGGAAAAUACCAGCGAUAAAUGUGUUCAAUAUGAAUGGAGCAAUUAUAUUUUAAAUGGCAUACUUUGCAUUCAAGUUGAGCCUUGUAAAGGAUACAUAUCGUCUUUUCGUACAAUUACUGUACGAAUUCACUUAAUAUCAGAAGGUCCAGCUUGCAUAGUUAAUGUGCCAAUUGAGUGCCAAGUUAAAGUGAUGGAACACCCCGUGGUUUGGCAAACCACAGGAUGGUUUACCAUCACUGAAGAAGGAUAUAGUGAACCAAUUCCACCAUCUCCACCGCCAGAAAUCGAAUAUUGUCUUUCUUUAGACAUAUGCGCUCGGGUGGCACGAUGUUGUACUGCUGAUAAUAGUCUUUUGAUGUCAUAUAGUUUUCACUAUUUUCCAUUACUUUCACAACAUGACAAUUGUACCCAAGUUCCUCCAUUGUCGGACAAUAAUUUGGGAAGUGAAAAGGAGUUGAAGCCUGAAGUAAAAAAUUUUAUGUUAUGUGAAUUAUUCGACAGGAUUUUAUGGGAUGUAGUUUGGUGCAAGUUGUUUGAAAAAAAUUUAGAAGCCCUUGCAGAAGAGAAUGUUCCUGAAUAUUCCCAAAUAAAAAGCAUAAACAGCAAAGACUCAAGGCAUGAAAGUCAAUAUUUAUCUUUGGUAAUUCAAGAACUUCUCUAUGAUUCCUUGCAUGCAGCAGUCGAAUCUAGUAGUGUAUCGACGAGCCUAAUACGGUACACAUCAUCUAAUGAAACUUGUCUGACGUUGCCUGAUAUUUAUUCAUCAUCAGAUACCUCUGAACUCAGUGGUAAGAGUGACGGCGAUCAAGAGGAGCACAGUGGCCAGAACAGAAUCAGUGGUAUGGACAACAACUAA